AUGCUGCGGCGGCUGGCGGCCGCCGUGCUCACCGCCCUGGCACUCGGGCCGGCGGUGGCCCGCGGCAUCGGAGUGCGGUCCGGCAGGGUGGAUGGCCUGCCGGGCGGCGCCAUCGCCUUGCUCUCGCCCGACCCCUCGCCGCGGGCGGAGUCCGGCGAGGAGGCCGAGCAGGCACUGGCCGAGAUGCUGCCGGAGGCAGACGACUUCGACGUCCCGAUGAGGCACAAGCUCAACCUGGAGCAGCUUUCGAGCAAGGUGGCGUCCAUCGCGUCGGCCCAGACGGAGAUGACGACGGCGCGGAGGGAGCGGGCCGAGGCGAUCUCCAUGAUCCCGUUCGCUUAG